AUGGCAAAGAAACCUAACAUGGGUUGCCAAAAGAUCAAAUUGGCAAAAAUAGAGAUCAAGAAUCACCUACAAAUUACGUUCUCGAAACGUCGAACCGGGCUUUUCAAGAAGGCCAGUGAACUUUGUACUCUUUGUGGAGUUGAAAUUACCAUUAUAGUUUUCUCUCCAGCUGGAAAAGUAUUUUCUUUUGGAAACCCUAAUGUUGAAUCCAUACUGGAUAGGUUUUUCGACCGAAAUCCAUCACUAAAAUCUAGCACUCCAUUCCAACUUCUUGAUGCUCAUAGGGAUUCUUUUGUCCGUGAACUAAACUUGCAACUUAACCAAAUUCUUAACGAUAUCGAAGUUCAAAGAAAAAGGGGGGAAGCAUUAGAAAAUAUGAGUAAAAAUAGUCAUAUCCAGCACUGGUGGGAAGCUCCUGUAAAUGAAUCAGGGUUUUAUGAGCUUGAACGAUUAAGGGACGCCAUGGAAGAAUUAAACAAGAAUGCCACUAAUCAAGCUAAUAAACUUAUGUUCGAGGUAACGAAUUCGAUAGCGUUUUUCCACACAAAUAAUGUUGAAGUCUUUGAUCAAUAUGAGACAAAACGUACACAGCCACAGGUCAAUCGAGGGGAAAUAAAAUUAUUAUUAGAAGAAAUCGAAAACAUUCAGACACUAAGGAGUAGUUCUCUUCGUGUUUGA